UCACAGUCUGCGGUGCAACAGACAGAACACAUUCUUGAUAUUUUCUAGAGAUGUCUGAGAGCACUUCUGUGUAUGUGAACUACCCUGAGCAUGGGGUAGAGCGCGUACGGACUGUGGCAGAAAGUGUGGGUGCUUCUCAGAUCAAUAACACGCAGAGGAUGCGAAAAACUCCAAGAAGAGGACUCAAUGCUAAACGGAGGACAUUUUACAGCCUGACUACUCUGUUUGUGUUGCUGAUGCUGAUUGUCGCCACAGUGCUGGGUGUCAAAUUCAACAACCUGACAUCAGUAAACAAGCAGCUACAGAGCAGUUACAACAACCUGACUAGAGAGAGAGACCAGCUACAGAACAGUUACAUCAACCUGACUAUAGAGAAAGACCAGUUACAGACCAGUUAUAACAACCUGUCUAUAGAGAGAGACCAGUUACAGAAGGAGAGAGAUGGAUACCAGAAAACACUUCGUGAUUUAUGUAAAUGGAAGUGUUUCAGUUUCAGCUCCAGUUUUUAUGCUAUGUCUAAUGAGAACAAGAGCUGGGAGGAGAGCAGAAAGGACUGCAGGGACAAAGGAGCAGACCUGCUGAUUAUAAACAGCAAAGAGGAACAGGAGUUCAUUGUUAAACAGCUGGGCAAUUUUGAUGCUUGGAUUGGUCUGAGUGACAGAGAUAUAGAAGGAGAGUGGAAAUGGGUGGACGGCACACCACUGACCACAGAGUACUGGGAUAAAGAUGAACCAAAUAAUGUAGGUGAUGAGGACUGUGCUGCGAUUUACGCUUCAUCUGAGACUGUCUGGAAUGACAGGAAAUGUUCUGAUGUAUUACCAUGGAUCUGUGAGAAACUUGUUUUUAAUGAUGUGUAUCAUUUUAAAUGAAAAGUGCUUAUACAUAAAUUGAGCUAAAUAUAAACAUCAAUGACAAUAUUUGUAGGAUGACUGUGUUUCAGUGUCUGCUUUUGUUUUAUCUGUAAUCACUUACUGAUACAAAGUGGACAGAGACUGUUUAUGUUUUUUUUCUUUAUCUAAAUAAUAGAUUUCUUUUUUUUGUAUUUUUUUUCUGAUGCUAAUGUAAUGUAAAUUUGUAGCUCAUGAUGAUGGAAGCAGUAUAAUUGAAAUAAUUUAAGUAAUUUAGGUAUUUUGAGUCCAUCUCAGUUUCUCUGACUCUUUUAACUCUGAUAAACUUGCACUCAGGCACCCAUGUAUAUUGUAUUGCUUCUGGAGUGAUGUGAAAUGACUAUAAAGGGGUUUGUUCCUGGUUUGCAGGUCAUUUUCUGGUCAAUGUCUUUUCUU